CAUGUUUCGAUAACAGCCACACUGCUUCUCCAGCCCUCGAUAAUACUGAAGGAUUUAAAGUUGCCAAAAAUAAACAAAUAUAUUUUUCUUAAAAAUAAGCAAGGAUGCUGACAGACACGGAGGAUGACUUCUUUUUCGAGGAGGAUAAAAUGCCAGAGGCACAGCUUAUCCAGUUGGAUGGCGAUAGUUCGGCGGAUAUCCGACCGAGCCAGGACCUCCGCCAAAAGGCAGAGAGUCCCUCCGAAGUACUGCCCACCUCCACCGCCGUUUCUGCUUCCGUCGGCGAGGCCACCGUUAUGCUUUGCUCCCCAGCGAGCUUCGCUUCUGGGUAUGAGUCCUCCGGCUCUAACAACAGAUUUGGCAGCGAAUUUGCCGCUAGGGAGAAAUAUGAGUUAGACCGUUUGGGAAUGACGGUUACCACUAAUUCAGUGGUCAUUACCAAGGAUCAGAGUAAUCUAAUAGGAAUAAGCAUUGGCGGAGGAGCACCCAUGUGUCCAUGCUUAUACAUUGUCCAGAUCUUUGACGGUACCCCUGCUGCUCGCGAAGGAUCCCUGCAAUCUGGAGACGAACUGCUGGCCGUGAAUUCUGUCAGCGUGAAAGGCAAAACCAAAGUGGAGGUGGCCAAGAUGAUUCAAACGGCCACUGACGAAGUGGUAAUUCACUACAACAAACUGCACGCCGAUCCGGAACAGGGCAAGACACUAGACAUAAUUCUGAAAAAGCUUAAGCAUCGGAUUGUCGACAGCAUGUCCAGUAACACGGCGGACACAUUGGGGCUAUCCAGGGCCAUAUUGUGCAAUGACUCUUUGGUCAAGAGACUCGAGGAACUGGAGGGGACUGAACUGAUGUACAAAGGUUUGGUGGAACACGCCCGAAGAAUGCUGAAAGCCUACUACGACCUCCUGCUGACCUAUAAAUCGUUCGGUGACUGCUUCACCCAAAUUUCGGUUCACGAACCGCAGCAACGGGCAUCGGAGGCAUUCCGCACCUUCGGAGAAUUUCACCGCACCCUCGAGAAGGAUGGCUUGGGGAUCAUUAAGCAGAUUAAGCCUGUGCUGGCCGAUCUGGGAACAUAUCUGAACAAGGCCAUUCCAGAUACCAAGCUCACGGUACGACGAUACGCAGAUGCCAAAUUCACAUACCUUUCGUACUGCUUAAAAGUUAAGGAAAUGGACGACGAGGAACACGGGUUUGCUGCGCUCCAAGAGCCUCUGUAUCGGGUGGAGACGGGAAACUACGAAUAUAGACUGAUUCUGCGAUGCCGGCAAGAUGCAAGGACUAAGUUUGCCAAGCUCCGUACGGACGUUCUGGAGAAGAUGGAACUUUUGGAGUGCAAGCAUGCCAUGGACUUGAACAAGCAACUGAGAAGCCUCCUCGAGAGUUUGGCGGAGCUGCACAGGAGCCUUGUGGAGCGAUUAGACGCCCUGCCCCCUCUUUUUCCCAUCGAGGUGGACUUCAAGGAGACCGACUUUCAAUACAAGUCGAGCACUCUAAAGCCGCAGGAGCUGGAUGACGAUGAGUUCGAAGCCAACAACAUUCCACGUACCACUGGCUCCACCUCGGUUGAGUGUGGAUACGAGGCGGUGGAGCAGCCGGCGGCCAUCAUAAACGUGGAUAUCAAGGAAUCCACUGAGUCUUCCUCUGGCCAAACCAACAACGACAACGACAGCAUGCUUCGGGAACUCGGCCUAUACGACGUGGACCUGCUUUCAAAUCCGCAGACGAUCAGCAAUCAAAAGGACUCCAUAGCAGCCCAAAAGGAUGCCUACGAUUUUGACUUGUUUCUGAACCAGGCCACCACGGCUAAAACCAGCCUGGAGCGGGAUUUGAUGUCUUCGAAUGCAGAGGAGAUGGAUUUGCUUCUGCAGUGAAUUUUUAUAGUACAAAUUUUUAGCAUGCGCUGAAAGGUGUUAGGGUUCUUAUACUUAGUUACAGCUAAGCUUGCGGAUUUAAAAUAAAAUAAAUAAAAUGUCAGUA